AUGAAUACUACUGCAAACAGUAUCAGCGAGGCUCUUUUAGCUGCACCCUAUCAACUCAAUAUUUGGUUUGGUUCAUGUCUUUGGAUAAUAGGUAAUCUUGGUUGUAUUGGUAAUAUGAUUGUAUUUCGUUCUCGAUCAUUUCGUAAACGAGCUUAUUCAAUUUAUUUAUUUUCGGCAGCAGUAGCUGAUUUUCAUUAUUUCAAUUUUGUAUUACUUACACGAAUAAUUCAAAAUGGCUUUCGUUUUUCGCUCAUGAAUCGUUUCAUUAUUAUUUGUAAACUUCGACAAUUUAGUACCAUAUGGGGUAAUGUAGUUGGUUUUAGCUUAUUUGCAUUUGCAAUAAUCGAUCGAUUUUUGUCAACACAACGUUCAAAUAUGAUAUUUUCUUCAACUUCACCAGUAAUUGUUAUUUCGAUAUUGGCUUAUCUACUAAUGAAAAAUGUUCGAAGAAUUGCUCGACGAAGAAUUCAACCCGUUAAUAGUGUGCUUCCAGUUGUCAAUCUAAACAGUUCAAUAAUCAAUCAAAUUGAUACACAAUUAACAGCAAUGUUAAUAUUAGAAUCACUUAUCGCCAUUAUAACAUACGCUCCGUAUGCUACUCAAUUAACGUAUGCAAAUAUAACACAACAAUCGAAUAAAACACCAUUACGAUUGGCUUGGGAAAAAUUAUUUACUGAAUUAAUUCAUUUAUUUUCAUACGUAUUUUUCGCAACAAGUUUCUAUGUAUCAAUCAUUUCAAAUGCUGGUUUUCGUCGAAAAAUCAAAAAAAUAUUAAAAAUGAAAAAGUACAAAAGAUCAGCAAAUCAUGCAGUUACUUUUCAUCGUACUUGA